UCUUUUUUCUCUUUCAUUCUAACUUUUGUAUGAGAAAAAAUUUGUCUUUUACUUUCUUUGUCUUAUCUUCUCUUCUCUUCUCUCUUUUAUUACGCUACAUCGAAAUCGUAUUGAAAUAGAGGAUGAAGGAAAGCUUACUACUUCACAACGUUCACGAAUGGCGAGUGUAAUUUGUGGGUUUUCCUCGUUUUGUGAGAUCCGGACAGGUGUGUGCUUCGUAACCAUUGGCAAUACUUUAUUGGUACUUUCCCCUUCCAUUGUAUUGAAAACUAACGGACAAAAAUCCACAAACAUGAGCUUGCAAACUAGCCCACCUUGGAUUUAAUCGAACGCAUCCUCGCAGAUGCACAGACAAAACUGUUCGUCAUGGUGGAGGAGAACGCAGGGACGGGAGCACGACUGGAUGGGGAGUUGCAACGUGGAAGAGGAGAGAACGCAAUCUUACGUGGAGAAUCACGGGACGUUGUAGUUAGUACAUCGUCAUCAUCAGGAACGGUAACAGCAGCAGUAGCAGCAGCAGCAGCAGCAGCAGCAGCAUUGAACAAUAACGGUGGUACUACGAGUAACAGCAAUCUGGCUAACAUUGGUGGUAUAAGCAGUAACAACAAUGCAUCAUCACCAGCAGCAGCAGCAGCAGCUUCCAGUGGUAUCGGUAAUCCAAAUCUCUGUCAAGAGGCAAGCGAACCCCAAGCACACACGCAGGAAGAUGGUAAAAGGUUCAGUGCGAAUAGCAGCCCUAUUGAGAAGAGAAGUUCGGCAAGUGAUAAAUCCGUUAGUCCGAUCGAUAAGAAAAAUAGUCCCAUCGAUAGGAAGGACAGGUCCAGUCCAAUAGAUCGAAAAAGUAGUCCCAUAGAAACUCGAAACAGUUCGCCCUGCCGAAGUCCAAGCGAGAAAACUCGAAGGUCAUACGCGUUGAAUCGCGAUAAGACACGACUCGGUGAAUCCGGGAGGAAUCUAGAUUCACGAUCUAGAAGUGCCAGCCCCGAUAGGGGUUCAUCUAACAGGACCUCCUUUCUACAUCGUGGUUGUAGCGACCUUUCCGGCGUGGAAAGGCUUCGAAUCUCAACCAAUCCGGAUUCUUUAAGAUCGAGGAGAUUUUGUAGAGUUACGACCGAUCCGGAAACUGAUGUUCGUAAGGAUAUUGUCGAUAAUGACGUUAGACCGGAAGAAGAUAAUGAACCACCCGAUCCAGCACCUGGAAGUAGACCUGCUUCGCCUGCUAAUUCUUUGGGAAUUUGCAACGAGAGCGUCCUUGAUACAAGAUUAUCGAUUCUUCAUGGCAGCGGAAGUAGCGGUGGUGCCGUGGAAUUGGCUAGCGCUAGAAGAUUGCGAUUGGAAAACGAAAGAUUAGUAGCUGAAGUUGCAAGGUUGAGGAGAUUGUUACUCAGCGGGGCUGCUCGUGGCGAGGUCGGAGCAGAAGAUACGGCAUUGGAGGAAGAGGCACGCUUUGUCGCCCUCGAAAUGGAAUUGCAACAUACGAAGGAAGCCUUGCAGGUUCUUAAAGCCGAUCGUAAACGAUUGAAGGCUGAAAAGUUUGAUCUGCUCAAUCAGAUGAAAGCUUUGUAUGGUACCCUUGAAGACAAGGAACGAGAACUGCGUGAUUUUAUACGUAAUUACGAACAGCGUAUGCGAGAAAACGAAGCUACGUUGGGACGUUUUCAACAGCAGGAAGGUGGCAUAUCCACGGAGGAGCGCGAAAGAGAACGAGAGAGGGAACGUUGGAGUCUUAUAAGAGCAGCGAGAGAUGAGGCAGAUCGAAGUCUAAGUCUUGCUGCGAGUUUGGCUGACAAAGAAGUUGCAUUAUCGCAUGCACGUGCUACUAUCAAAGAGCUUCAACGACAAUUGAUGGGCGGUGGCGGUGGUGGGUGUUUGAGCGAUCAGGAGUCUUUAGUGUCCUUCCCACGUGGCACAGUUAAUGGGGUCGCAACUCCAGGUGCUGGAAGUAACAGUGGCGUUGGUGUUGGUGUUGUUGGUGGUAGUGGUAUCAUCCCUCAUAUCAAUUCUCAGCCACCCUUAGGGACUACGGAGUUGGGGGUGGCCAGUAAUAUGAGUGGUGGUGGUACAGGUGCAAUUUCCUCGGGUGGACAAGCCGGAGAUCGUGGUAGCUGUAGUGCGGAUAGUGGUGUGCGUGGAUCCAGCGAUCGAGAAAGUGGUGGUGCGACCAGUAUCGGUGGAAAUCUUUCAGAUUCUACGACCGACGGAACACCGACUAUUACGAUCGAAGGAAGCGGUCCCGACAUGGACAACAUCUCAGUGGUAUCCUCCGUAGCACCUUCCCACAUGUAUCAGUCGACGACACCAAAGGAUUGUAGUCCCACGCUGUCACCACUGAAUGCAUUUUCAAGAUCUGCAGACAACACUUCGUUAUCGCGAUCGGUGGAACAAUUGUCGAGUCCUUUAGAACCCGAACCAAGAAGAAGCAAACAAGUACCAACAGUAGCAGCACCAACAACACAUUCACGCUCUUCCGCUACUCGAGGUGGUACAUGGGGUUCCAUAUCAAGGGUUUUCGCACGAUCACGAAAUCGAAAAAGUGCGAACACUUCCAGCGGUGGAAGUGGAGCUAACGAAUCCUCGGAAGGAUUCGAUCCUUAUAGAGCAUGGUCGUCCCCAUUAACCGAAGAAAGUUAUGCCGAGAAGCUUCGUUUGUUGAGAGAAGCUGCUUCAGUACCAAUGGAACGAUGGAGAGCACCAACUGUUUUGGCAUGGCUCGAAGUUGCACUUGGUAUGCCACAAUAUGGUCCGAGGUGUGCAGAAAAUAUCAAAUCUGGCAAGGUUCUUCUUGAGCUAAGCGAUGCAGAGUUAGAAGCAGGAUUAGGUGUGACUCAUCCUCUUCAUAGAAAAAAAUUGCGGUUAGCUAUCGAAGAACACCGACAUCCUAAUCUGGUUAGGUAUCCUUGUAUAGCACAACUUGGUCACACCUGGGUUAGCUCAGAGUGGUUACCUGAUCUUGGGUUAGCACAAUACUCGGAAAGUUUUGCUACCAACAUGGUCGACGCGCGUAUGCUCGAUCAUUUAAAUAAAAAAGAAUUGGAAAAACUUCUUGGCGUUUCGAGGAAGUUUCAUCAAGCUAGUAUCGUACACGGAAUACAUUUGUUGAGAAUGUUAAAUUACGAUCGUCAGGCACUCGCUGUUAGGAGACAUCAAUGCGAACAAGUGGACACGGAUCCUUUGGUGUGGACCAAUCAAAGGUUUAUACGAUGGGCUCGUAACAUAGAUUUGACCGAAUAUGCUGAAAAUUUGAAAGAUUCAGGUGUACAUGGUGCUAUCGUAGUAUUGGAACAAUCCUUCUCAGGCGACACUAUGGCUACAGCAUUGGGUAUACCACCUGCCAAACACAUGAUCAGGAGACAUCUUUCUGCUGAACUCGAAGCCCUCGUUUUACCAGCAAGAAGUCAACUGGACGUGGUCCCCAAGGGCAGCACUGUCAGAGGUCGUCAAAUGAGUACCAUGAGCGCUGGAGGUAGUCUAAAUCGUGGAAGCAGAGCACUACAUCAACACCAUCAAACAUCACUUUCGGCUCUUCAUAUGACGGCUAAUCAUGUUGGCACUGUUGAUAGACGGAGAUCCAGUCUUAGGUUAUCGUGGAUGAACUCACAGGGUUCGUUGAGUCGAGCGUUUGGUCUGCGACCGAAAAGUGAAAAGGCGUCGCCAUCUUCCUCAUCGGAUACCGGAAGUCUUGCUAGUCAAUGUCAAUACAUGAACAGUGUGAGAAGUAAUUCACCGGCACCGGAGAUCACCGUUGGAAAGAAACAUCGUCGUGUUAAAAGUAUCGGUGACAUCGAAUACAUAACUAACGUUGCAGUAAACACAGCAGUCUGACAAGAGGAUAGGCUCCAUCAUCCGGGGCCUUAUAGAAGUUUAAGCGAACGUGGUUAUUCCUCGUCAUAUUCAUCGUCCCAAUGUAGCUCAUUCUCCGGUUACAGCAACGUACUUGCCGACGAUCAAUAUCAAUGCGAAUCAAUAUCCGCUGGUAAUUAUUAUCAAUUACAAAGCAGCUCUUAUUCCCCGCAAAGCAUAGGCCAACCAUUCCCCGGUGUACAAAGGUAUGGUAGCCUAGCUGAAGAAACUUGGCAAUCUUCCACUAAGGAAGACAACAAUAUCAAGAAGAAGAAUCAACGAACUUAUCUCGAAUAAAUUUACGCGUUUUUAUUUUUUUAAUUUAUUAUUAGAUUGGUCAAUUAUUUUCUUUAAAUAUAUAUAUGACACGAUAUUAAAAUUACACAUGGAUUCAGUAUUUCUAAAUAUAUUUAUUGGCCGAUCUAAUAUAAAUCUUGGGGGUGUACUAUAAGUUGAUUUAUUGAACACUGCAAAAGUUAGAUUAAUGUUUUGUUGUUGUGAAAGGGUGACAUGGUAGACCCUUCAUUUUUCAACAAAAGUUCAACUAAAAAUUCAUAUCUUGGAAUGAUAAACUAAACACUGUGUCAUUUUAUUAAUUAAUCAAUAUGAAUUUUUGAUUUAUUUUUUGGGUAAAGAACCUUUUAGAAUAUCCCUCUAUUCAAAUUACUCGAGAAAAAAUCUGAUUGUGAGUUAUCUCUCAUAAGACUAGGUUUUGUUUUAUAAUUAGUCAAAAAGUAAAAUCUUAUUAUACGAAUCUCUAACGAAUUUAAUUUUAUUACAAAAAUAUAAAAAUAUAUGACCCAUAAUUCGCACAAUAACGAACUUUUUACAACCACUGGCUUACAAUAAUUACUGAGAAAUUGUUUUUAUUUUUCAAAAACAAAACAACUGGCCUAUAAAUCCUCAUCAUACUAUAUUUAAAAAAAAAAAAUAAAAUGAAUAUCUGUGAUUCAUUUGACUUAAAAUUCAUCCUUUACAGUAUUGAUGAAAUAAAUGAUAAUCGCGUUGAACAACGAAUUUCAUUAUUUCGCAUCAUACAAACAAGAUGAUCUAUGUUUUUUAUGUUCUACCGGUACUAAUUCUAUUAUAUAUACCUGCCACAUAACAGAUACAAUUAAUAUGAUAAUAAUAUGAUAAUAAACGCAUCAUACAUAAACGCAUAAUUAUGUCGGUAAUUAUGACAGUGAGCUAAGUAAAAAAAAAAUUGGAAAAAUGAAUUUUAUGAUUAAUUUGAUACUGAAGUGAUUUAUAUUAUAAAAUAAAUCAUCUAAUAAAUUUGUAUAAUUUAUUGACUUAGGUCACUAUCAUAAUUACCUUGACAAAUAUAAAAAUGAUUGUCUUCAUUAAUUGUCCAUAUUUAAUAUAAAUAAUCGGAUCAUUGAGUGUAUAUAACAAUAAGAAAACGAAAAAAUUGUCUCUCUAAUUAAAUGAUAGAACUCAUUUAAUCUUAGAAUUAGAAAAACCAGGCAAAUGAUUCAAAUGAUUUAGAAUUAGCCUAAAAAAUUAAUUAUGAAGAAGAAGAAAAAAACAAAAUUAGUUUUGUCAAGUGCAUAUCCAAAACAAACAAAAACCUGAAUGACGUUAAAGAAAAAAAUAAAUAAGCACAAUAAUAUGAAAAUGAUGAAUAAACAUAAGAACAAAAUAUUUCUAAUAUUCUAAGAAAAGAGGGAUUCCCAUUUAUAAUCUGCUGCAUCUCCCAUUUGAUGUAAAACUAAUCGUAAAUGUUGCUAUUGUGUAAUUAAAUGAAAGAAAAACAAAAACGCGUUUUGGUUAGAUUACGUUUUAAUUAAUCAAAUAUAAUAAUCAACAACACGUCGUCGAGUUAUACAAAUAUUCGAAUACUUUUAUUACUAAUUAUUAUAAAAAAAGAAAACCAUGAGAAUAUUAUUUCGCGUUUUCGUUCUUUCAUUUAUUUGUUUGUGCUUCCCUCUCCAUUUUUGUGUUCGUAAACUAUUUAAAAAAUGAAUAUAAUAAUAAUAAUAUAUAAUAAUAAUAAUAAUAAUAUAUAAUAAUAGAUAUGAUGAUGAUGAUGAUGAUGAUGAUGAUAAUGAUAAUAAUGAUGAUGAUGAUGAAAUGAAGAUGUUGAUUGUCACGUCGGUUACCGGAAACCAGCGUUUGUUCUAUCGAUCGGGGGAGGGGGGCCAUGGGGGUCAUCGGUGCCCGGCGUUGCUAUGUUGUUUUAUAUUUAAUCUUAGAAUCGUGGCCUCUAAGAUAAAACGUGUCAAACAUGCGUGUCAAUCAACAUAUUAAUGAUAAAUAAUUUCGGGGAACAAAAAAUUCAUUCUUAACGAAAUUAUAACUAAUCCCAAACGCACACAUACUCUGAAAAUUAUACAUAUGCAUAUACAUAUAUAUUUAAAACAAACAAAGCAUAAAGAAAAUUGUAUACAAGUGUUUAUGUGUCUCUCGUGUAAGAGAUAAAUAAUAUCCUUGUUGCUCUAAUCUGAUAGAAAUGCACAAAGUAAGAUUACUGAAUUCAUGUUCUAAAGCAUAAUUUGCUAAGUGGCUUACUAAUAAAAAGUGGGUUUUGAAUGAAUAUAUUAAAUACGACGGAAGAAAACAGAGAAGAAAGGAGGGUGAAAAAGGUAGGGUAGGGGGAAAAUAAAAUGUGUAUAAUCUAUGAUUAAAAAUAUCAUAUCACAGGAAUUAAAAGAACAAAAAAAUAUUGUAACGAUUGUACUGCCUUGUUGUAUCAGUAUUCCACUAUUCCAAUUAACGAGAGGAUUAGUUUGAAAAGUUUUUAGCCUCGAUGUAAAAAAACAAAACUAAGAAAUAAAAGUAAACCGACCGAAAAAAAAAAAAAAAAGCAGAAUUGUUUCCAUGUUGGGCUCAAGACUUUUCAAUCCACCCACUUAAAUGAUUGAUACUCCUUGCAAGCUGUUUUUAUGAAGGGAGAGAGAUGAGAAACAAAAGUAAUAAUAUUAUUAAUAAUAAUAAUAAUAAUAAUAAUAAAGACAAAAUAAAUAAAUAAAUAGCUUUUAUUUAUCCAUUGCGUAUCAAACACAAAAAUAAGAGAAAAGGAAACAAAAAAAACAGAAGAAAUAAAAAAAAAGGGGCCACUAUGAAAAAAAAAAUUAUAACAAAGGACAAUGAAAGGUAAAUGUAUUAUGGUAUAGUGGAAGAAAAAACUUACAAUUAUAAACGUAAGAUGGAAAUAUGACAAUAUAUUAUCAAAUGGAGGAAAAAAUAUGUCGUGAAAUAAUUUUUAAGAAACGAACAAUGUAAAUUUUGAAGAAAUGAGAUUCAAUGAUAUUGGUGACUUACUUAUGUGUGUUUCUAUUUCUUAUGUUUAUCGAACAUUAAGUAUUAACAACGCGUAUUUUUUAAUAAUUACGAUUAUAAUAUUUACUUAAAUGCAUAAAAAUACACUUACGAGUGCACAAUCGUAUUGUAUUUCGAUUACAUUCCAUUGUAGCUUUGGCUCACCGUGUGUUAUUACGAAUAUAAUUUUGACGACGUUACAAAGGAUCGAUUGAACAAUUUUGAGCCUAUUCUUUUUUAAAACAAUUUUCAGACUAUGUCGAAAAAUAAAAAAGAAAUUAAAUUUUAUUGGAAAACAAUAGUUUCUAUAUUAGGCUCAAGACUUUUCAACCCACCCAGAUAGUUUUUAGAUUCGAGUCUUAAUUACUAAAAAAAAAAAACACAAUCAUAGGUAAAUAUUUAGCUGAUAUUUAGCGACAAGUUUGAAAAUACAAGAGUGUCAUAUAUAAUAAUAAUAAUAAUAUUAAUAAUAAUAAUAAUAAUAAUAAUAGUAUAAACAAGUUAUACAGAGAUAUAUAUUAUACACAUAAUCGACACAUUUAAGACCACGAUAAAAUAAUUGGGUUCAAUUAUGAUUCCCUGUACGAUUAAAAAAAAAGAAAAAAUAAGAAAUUACUUACAAAAAAAAUGAAAGAAAGAAAUAACUGCCGAUACAUAAUUGCGUUUGUUCUUAUAAAAUUUCAUUUAUACGACAAUACGAGGUUGGGUUGAAAAGUUUCGAGCCUAUUCUUAUCUAGAAAAGAAAAAUAUGACAAAAUUUGUUUCCACGUUAGGCUCAACAACUUUUGUUCACCCCAUCCACGUAUUUCUUUUUGAAGACAAAUAUUUUUUUAAUACUAAUUACAUUUUUCGUAACUUUGAAAAUAAUUUUCACUGACAAUGAUAUUAUACAAUUCUAUUAAUGUUGACUAAACUCCAUAUUAAAUUUUGUAGAAAGUUCAAAUGAUGCGCGUGUUUCGUUAGAAGAGUAUUAAAACGAAUUAUGGAAGA